AUGCAUCCCGAACACUUCAGAAACAGAUUUCAUGUAGCCACCUCCGACCGCCUGCGCGGGAAUCGGGAUGUUCAACCCCCGUUAGAAUACUCCGAUAGUAGGGCUCGGAGCAGACAGGCGAGGCAAAAUAUCCCAGCUGUGGCGAGCUUCUUUUCAUCUGAAAGCGCUGAAAGAGAUUCCUUCAACUUGAUGCCAAACUUCCUCGCUUCUUCCAUGGUCAAGAAGAUCAAAACAAUGUUUUUAAUCUAUUGGGCUAUGAUCAUCGUGACGUUGGACCAGCGCAUAUGUCGCGCGGUGCACUUGUCUAAAUCUGAACUUGGUUCCACAUCUGAGCAUUUUUCCUCUGAGACCUCUCCAGAGUCGAUCCGAGCAGAAGGAGCAGCGUCGCGGUCUAUCCAUAAUGCUCAGAUAAUCAGCCCCGCUGAUUUCCCACCUCAUCCCUGCAAUGCAGAAAAAGAAAUAGUGUCUCACACAACAAAAUCAGGUCCUACGGAAGCAGACAAAACUACAUCGUCUUCUCAAGAUGUCGGCCAGCACAUAUAUCAACAGUCUCCAAUGUCCCCUCGUGACGACCCAACACCCAAAACACGCUUCGCAGCGAAGCAGAAAAGCACAUUACAAGAUGCAGACCAGAAUGUACUACAAGGCUCUCACCCGAUUUUCAGUCUUGGAGGAGAUUUUCAAGAAAUCCACGCUGAUCCCGCAUACACAACUCCCUCUAUGCAUCACCAAUUCAGCUCAUCCGGAGAAGUCAAUGGUAUGGGACAACCGUAUCUCGAGCCAUAUUCUUAUUCUGGAUAUCCACUACAGCAAAAUCAAUAUUAUACCAUGCAACAUGGAUUUCACGUGCCACCUCCCUUGGUGGAUUCACUUUCCGGGAUCACAUAUGUUCCUUACUAUCCUGCCGUGUCAAUUUCGUCCCCGCUUUACACGCACUUCUCGUCUUCUUUCCAACCUUCAAUGAUAUAUCCUCCGAUUCCAGCAUAUCCUGCGCCCAGGCCUCUCUACUGGCAAAAUCAGAACAAUCAGCCUUAUGGCUUCACCAAUUCGUCCCCAGAUCCGCAGGUAGAGCUUAAGAACCCUCGCCCAGAAAAUAGCAUGGAUAUCCCACUCCAAAGUGACGGUAGACAUACUGCUUUGAAUCCUAGCAAGACGCAUGGACCAUCUGCCCCGCACGGCAAUCCAUACCCCGCUCGAUCUCCUGAGUCAGCCCGAGAAAAGCAGUCUCAGACUACAAAACUGGACAAACACGUCAAGGAGACUGACAUAGAGAGUAACAUUGAAGUCCCGCAGUUGAAGAGGAAGUUGAUUGCAGAUCAACCUCCUGUGAGGAAAGUUCAGCUUAAACAAGAAGAGGAUAUGGACAACAGGGAUCCUCCAAGUACGACGGACAAACAAAGAGCCGACAUCAGUGGGACCUCCAUAUCUGACUUGAAGUGGCAAGAUAUUUCUGGCCAUAGUCACAAUAACGUCGAUGAACGGGAUUUAUCUCAAUUGAAGGAAAGAAGGUUAAGAAGACCUCAUUAUUCUGGAAGUGCGAAAUCAAAGCAGCAUGUAAUCGCGCAGGACGCAGGUUUUGGACAAGCUGAAAAAGUGCUGAUUGGGGAAAAUUGGGCAGCCUCUCCAACCCGUAAUAUAUUGAUGCACUGGUCAGCUGAACAAGGACAACCCGAAAAAUCAACUACGCCGAGGCCAAGUGGCGAAAUUUUAAAAUUCGAGGACCAACAGGACUCGCAUAUAAGGCAAGAAACUCUUAACAUGGAUCUCUGGAUCCGUCAACUGAAAGAUGUAGAGGCAUCUCCAACCUUCAAUACUAGAAAAGAUUUGUAUAACUAUGAAAAAAACCCAAAAGACUUCGCUUUGGAAAGUGUCACGCCUAUUGCAAGUGAGAAUCAACCUUCAAAUAUCUCCGAAGAGGUCUCAAGAAGAUCUCCUGCCCUAAACUGGAAAUCUUCUCGAGAGGCAGACGUAAAGACCUCGAAAACUGAACCAAAGGUCAGAAGGGAAGAUAUGCAAAACGACCAAAACCUCAAGAAGGGUAUUCUAAGACAUUCAAAGACAGCAAUGCCAAAGCAUACACCUCUUGUCUCUAUAAUAAGAGAGUCUAAUCCAAGCUUGAAAGGUACUCCUGAAGUCAAACGCCACAAUUUUGAAGGAAUCAAAAGAUUUGGAAAUACUCUAACCACAGAGACUCCAGCUCCACCUGAUUUGGCAUUUCCCCAAGAGAAACACCCCCAGAAAAAUGGAUUCCUAGGAGGACCUUGGCCCAAGAAGAUAUCACAUGAAGGGAUUACAAGCAGGAUCAUGAGAAAGUAUGAUCACCCCAACAUAGUUGAGAAGGAGAACAUGGAGUUCUUUGAUUCAAGCCUUGAAAAAAAUACUCAAGAAAAUGCUCAAAUAAAGAAAAAAGUAAAAUGCAUCCAACCUGAUGACAAUCAAAAGUAA